AUGGAGGUCCUUGAAACGUCAGAGAUCUUUGAAGAAGUUGAUGGAGUCUGGCAGUAUGCCUACGUUACCAUUGUCUAUCGUAUCGAGAAUGAUAUUUAUCAUGGGAUCUCGAACAAUCGAAAGCAUUUUCACGAGCCAUUAUCUAUCAAAGUCGAAGAGCUUGCCAGCUCGGUACUAGUACCUAGAGAAUCCUAUUUUCCGAACUUUUCACCACUUUUCACGCAAGCUCCCGCUUCAUUGUCUGCAACUUUCUAUGUUAAGCGUCCGAGUUUGCUAUCCUAUCGUCACUCUGACGUUAACGACAAUCCUACAAAAAUCAGCGACCGCGUUAUUAGAGAGGUUAAAAAGGGUAUUCAACAUUUGCAUUAUCUAGGACUCGUUCAUAAUGAUAUCAAUCCUGCGAAUAUUAUGCUUGAUGAGACGGGCACUCCGAUUAUCAUCGACUUUGAUUCUUGCAGAUUGAUAGGGCAGGAUUUGGAAGGGGUUGGUCGGACAUAUGAGUGGUUUGAUGAGAGUGUGAGGAUUAGUUCGCAAAGUAAUGAUCUGGAUGAUUUGGAUGAAAUGCGAGCUUGGUUAACCGGAGGUCCUAUGGAAGACUUCAAGUUCAGAGAAUGA